UGCGUCUCUUCGGAACCGAGCCGACUCGACUCGUCUCCGCGGCGGCCUUCAUCUUCCUCUCUUUCCUAGCGGCGGGACUGGCGGCGCAGCCGAGGCCUGCCCGCGGCGGGAGGAAAUGGAGGGGACGGCGGCGGCAGGACCGGGCGAUGAUGGCAGCGGCAGCAGCAGCAGAGACUGAGCGGGGGUGGGGAAACGCCGCCGUUGCUGCUGCCGCCCGCAGCCGGGCGGUGGGGGAUGCAGCACCAGCAGCUGGGGCCGGCGGAGCAGACCAGCCCCGCCGCCGGGUGAGGCGGGUCCUCGGCAGGAGCAGCGCUGGAGGGCCGGAAGCAAGAAUUUUGUAUGGCUCAAGUCUGACAACAUGCACCACCAGUGGCUGCUGCUAGCUGCAUGCUUUUGGGUGAUAUUCAUGUUCAUGGUUGCUAGCAAGUUUAUCACAUUGACUUUUAAAGACCCAGAUGGCUAUGGUGCCAAGCAAGAGCCAUUGAUACUGACAGCCAUGACAAAAGUGGAGGAGGUACAUAUGCCAGCAGAAAAACAUUGGCCUGAAGAUUUUCAGCCAACUGGAAAAGCUUUUUCUGGAAAUUUGGUCCGCCAGCCCCUGGUUCAUAUGGAAAGACUUGAGCUUCUCAGGAAUGUCUGCAGAGACACUGCACUGAAAAAUCUCUCUCACACUUCCGUUUCCAAAUUCGUCUUGGACCGAAUAUUUGUGUGUGACAAGCACAAGAUCCUGUUUUGUCAGACGCCAAAAGUGGGCAACACUCAGUGGAAAAAAGUCUUGAUCGUUUUAAAUGGAGCAUUUUCUUCCAUAGAAGAUAUCCCAGAAAAUAUUGUACAUGACCAUGAGAAGAAUGGCCUUCCACGCCUGUCCUCCUUCAGUGACUCUGAAAUUAAAAAACGACUGAAUUUAUACUUCAAGUUUUUUAUUGUUAGAGAUCCAUUUGAAAGACUUAUUUCUGCGUUCAAAGACAAGUUCGUGCACAAUCCUCGUUUUGAACCUUGGUACCGGCACGAAAUCGCUCCCGGUAUCAUUCGUAAGUACCGAAAGAAUCGCACAGAGACCAAAGGGCUGCAGUUUGAAGAUUUUGUGCGCUACCUGGGCGACCCAAAUCACCGGUGGCUGGAUGUUCAGUUUGGGGACCACAUCAUUCACUGGGUAACGUACGUGGAACUGUGCGCCCCCUGCGAAAUCGCGUACAGCGUGAUUGGGCACCAUGAAACCCUGGAGGACGACGCGCCGUUUAUCUUGAAAGCGGCCGGCAUAGACCAUCUGGUGUCGUACCCCACCAUUCCGCCGGGAAUAACAGUGUACAACAGAACGAAAGUGGAGCGGUACUUUUCAGGAAUUAGCAAGAGAGACAUAAGGCGCCUCUACGCACGGUUUGAAGGCGAUUUUAAACUCUUUGGCUAUCGGGAGCCAGAUUUCUUGCUGAACUGAUGCUUAGGGUAGGCUCUGAAGAAGUGUCUGGUGGAUUAAACCCGCAUGAGCAGCGGCCGCAGCACUGACAGAGCUGAGGAUGACCAUUUGUUUUCUAGCUUUUUGAUGUUGCUCCAUUUUUCAGUGAAAAUACUGGUCAUAUGAACAAGUAGGGGCUUGUAGUUGUUGUUUACUGACCAUGUUUCCAGACGUGGCAUUGCAAUCUGUUACGAGUGAAGUCUCUCUUAUCUGAAAUACAGACUUCCACUUCUCCCCUCUUCCCUCCAGGAAAUAAAAAACAAAUGGGCUAUGAUCUUCCUCUCCCUCUCCCAGAGAGAAUGACAAUUUUAAAAUGUGAACUAUUUAUAAAGAUGAUGAUUCCACUGUAGGUUAGCUUGCAACUUGUGGGUGAACUUGAUGAUUCAAGCUCACGAGAGGCAUGUAGUCUCCCAUGAGCUUUGAAAAGGAGAGGCCAAUACAGAACUAAAAAUUGAUUAAAUGCUUGACAAAAUCAUCUAGGUUCUGUCACCUGGCUGCUAAAAUAACAGCAAUGCUGAUCGAAUCUCAUUCUUGUUUGUCACAAAAUGAACCUAAUUAGGUGGAAGCAUUUAGAGGUGUUAAAAAGGGGCCCGGUUCUAAGGCCCAGUUGUCUUUAUAGUUUUGUCAGGUGCUUACUGCUGAUCUAUUGAACCUCAUAAUUCUUUUGAUUUUCAAUAUGCUCUUUAACUCCUGGCAGUGUAAGUUCUCUGAGAACACUGGAUGCAAAUGAAGCGUAGAGGAAAAAUGAAACUGCUAGGGAACCUUUAAGGAAAAAUAAUUUAAAAUAAAGUAUUAAUUCUGUUUGCAGGAGCACCUACAGAACUCAUGAGAUGCUCUCACUUAAUUUAACGUGGUUUAUCUUCUAACUGUUAAGAUUAAUAAGGAAGCCACAAAGGCAGGAUAUCCUACAUAAGAGCUGCUAGAGUUACUCAGAUUAAUGAUUUCGCCUUUUUCUUAUAUCCAGCCUUGCUCAAUGUUCAGUACCUUAGAGAACAGAAAAUUUACCUCCCUCUUAAUAUUCGUCUCCCUGCUGCGAAAGGAGACAGGAUGAAUCCCUGAAUUUUCUCGUGAUUCACUACUGUGAUGUCCUGACACAAAAAAUGCUAGACAUUUGUGUUACUGAUGGGAUGAGUUCACCUACAUGCCAGGAGUCUGAAUGUCACUUAAAUUUGCCCAUUUUGUGCAUUAGAAAAGAAAGGAAGAAAAAAAACCAAACGGGGAGGAAAAAAACACACACACACAAAAAAAAACCCACUCUGAAAGGAUGCAGCCAUCAUAUUUACUUGUGCUUGCAUUGUGUCUCAUAAAGAGUAGUCUCCUGUUUGAGUUCACCAGCAAUAAAAAUCAGCCAGCUGCCACCUCAUCUCAUAGGCCAUGAGAGUGAGAGACUCUGUAUCUGAAAUACAGGAAUUGCUCUGUCACAGUGGGCAUGUGAACUGAGCUUUAAAAACAUUAACCCCAAAAUGUUAAUUUACAGAUCAGCAUGAUGUUGCUGGCUAGAAAUACUAAUAAUGGCCAGCGCUACGGAAUCUUCUCUUCAAUCCAGCCACAGUAUGUUUUUGAUAGCUCUCUGUAUCUACGCAAGGAAGCAUCUUGUACUUGUGAAAAGGAAAAGCUGUGCCAAGCUGACAUGUGCUGCUGCCCACAAUAAGGAACUCUGUUGUAGCUGGAAAUGAUUUCCGAAAGAUCUCAACAGACUAAUUGAAAUAAGGGGGAAUCAUUAACUGGACGGCAUUAAUAGCCCAGGGUGACAAAGCUGGAAGGUGGGGGCUUUUCUCAGUUUGUUCUUUUUAAACAACAAUUACAGUGCCCUAACUUGUUAGUUCUUAACCAAUGAUAAAAGGAUGUUAACAGCUCCAGGUUUUCUGUAAUUUUCUUAAUAUGGACACUUAGCAAAAUGUACUGUUAAAUGCAUUUUGGAGCUAAUGAGCUGAUUGAUUACCUCUCUGACAAUUUAAAACAUAACAGUGUGAAUAAUGUAUAGUGAAUUCAGGCCUUAAAGUUUAAUUCUAAUAAAGAUAAAGUAGAAUUGUUUUCUUCUGAAAGCAUAAGCUACUGAUCACACAUAA